AUGUUUUUAUGUAAUUAUAUGCUAAUAUCCAGCUGUAUGCAGCAGGCGUAGUAAGGCAUGCGCAGUUACCUAGUAAGAAAACAGCAAGAAUUCAAAGUUUUUGUUUGUAUCGCAUUUGUCUUGAUCUCUGCACCCAUCGACAAGGGAGAUGUUUGGUUUUCAUAAAUCGAAGAUAUAUCGCAGCCACGAAGGCUGCUGCAUCUGCAAGACCAAGUCUUCCAGCUCGCGAUUCACAGACAGCGGAAGAUAUGAGGAAACCUUCAGACUCUGUUUUGGGUUGUUGGAGGACCGGAUUGGAGAUAUCUGCAAUGCCUGUGUUCUGUUGGUAAAGAGAUGGAAAAAGCUGCCUCUUGGGUCUAAAAAGAACUGGAACCAUGUAGUGGAUGCGCGAGCGGGACCAGGCUUCAAACUCACAAAGCCCAAAAAGAUGAAAAGUUGCGACAGCAAAAAGAUGAAAAGCAAACUCAAGAAACUCCACAAGUUGAAAAGGCAAAACUCUGAUGCUAACAGCACAGCAUCCAGCGCCUCUCCCUCACAGUCUCCCAGCUACAGCAACCACUCCGAUGAGGGUUCAGAUAUCGAAGCCAAGCGCAGGCAUUCCUCCUCAGCUGCAGGCUUUUCUUUCAUAGACCUCACAUACUGGAAAAGACAAAAGGUGUGCUGUGGCAUUAUUUAUAAAGGUCGUUUUGGGGAAGUCAUGAUCGACCCUCGGCUUUUCAAGCCAUGCUGCAGUACGAAGAAGUCGGAGUCCCUCUCGCAGCCAGACGCAUCUCCACAGGACGUGAAAGAAGACUGGUAAUUGAGAUCAGGCGCUGCUAGCCAUUCUCGGCACCCUUCUGGGUGCGCCUUUAGUGUUGUCUCCAGUGGCAGACUCGCAUUUAUAUACCCCCCUUCUUAUUAAUUCUUGUUUUUAUUGUUUUUCAUAAACUGUAAUUAGAACCUAAUGUAAAUGACUAAAGCCAGAUGAACUGUUUGACUUUAUUUUCAUUUUGAAAAUCAGUUUUGCUGUUUUUUUUAUUUUUAUUAUAAAGAAAAACAAAAUGGAGUUUUCAAACUAUGGGCAUUAGUAAAGUAUUUAUAGAAUCAGGAGCUUUAUUAUAUCUGGCCUAAAAG